AGGAUGGUCGAGGACGCAUAAGAGAUACAUCGGAUAUUUGGUUGGACGAGAUGAUUGCAAAUUUUUCUAUUAGUUGCGUACACAUUUUUAUAGUUUUGUACAUCUUGGCUAUUGAAGUGAAGUAUGGCUUAGCAGGACACGGCGAAUUCCGUCGCGACUACACAUAUACUCCUGAGGCCAAAGGAUGGAUCAAAUUCCACAGAGUUCCCGCUCCGUGGCUGGAGGCGAGACUCAAGUGCUAUUAUGAAGGUGCCGUGCUGAUGUCUCCGGUCAACGAGCAACUGUACGCAGUGAUGAGGAACUUGAUGCUGUCCCGCGCUGACGCCUCCUUUACGGGGGUACAGUCACUCACUUCCACCGGCGACUAUAUCUCCAUCGAAGGUAUCAACUUGCUCCAGAUGCCCAUACAAUGGGCCAAGGGUGAACCAGACAACCUCAAUGAUACGGAACGGUGUCUGGCGAUCCUUCCCGACGGCUCCAUAUCGGACACGAAAUGCGAACAAGUUCGCACCUACAUGUGCUAUAAGGAGAAGACCGGUGACGAAACCAUUACAGAAUGCGGCACCUCGGACAAAGAGUACACAUUGGACAAUCGCACCGGUAGCUGCUACAAGUUUCACCCCGACUGCGUGACAUGGUGGCGCGCGCACAUGGCCUGCUCUUCCGAAGGUGGAUACCUGGUCAUCAUCAACAGCGAGUUCGAAGCCAAACUUCUCAACGAGAGAUACGCUACCAAGAAAAUUAAAUGCCACGAGUUGCGGUUCAUUCACGUUGGAUUCUUAAAUCCAUAUUCUGACCGCGCUUACUGGUUCACUGUCGACGGCAAGCGCCUCGAGGAUGCCGGUUACGAUCGGUGGGCACAGAACGAGCCCAACAACGUGGCAGGCACCGAGAACUGUGGUUCGCUCCUCAGAAACAACGAGGGCUUCAACGACUGGCCUUGCAACGAUUAUCUUCCUUUUGUCUGCGAAAUACCCAUCCAUAAUCGAAAGAAUUAG